AUGGCCAUUCUCGCAGCACUCGAGGGCACAGGCUCGGUCAUCUACUCAAACUUAUUCGUCAAGCUCCCAGCCCCCAGCUCAAAGGACAAUCUUUUAGAACAAGUCUUUGUGGUCACUGGUGGUAACGGUGGUCUAGGGUACGAGUCUUGUCUUCACCUCUCAAAGCUUGGUGUUGGCAAACUGAUUAUUGCCGUCCGCAACAAAGCCAAAGGCGAGGCGGCGCGACUGAAAAUUCUCGCUUCUACCAAGCAGCCUGAGUCCUCAAUUGAAGUUUGGACAAUUGAUAUGGACAACUAUGACUCGAUCAAAGGAUUUGCUGCUCGUGUUUCAUCCGACCUGCCUCGACUUGAUGGCAUUCUGGCCAACGCGGGGAUUAUGACGAGUAAUCUUGCCUGGAGCGAAGGCAGCGAAAGUUCACUGAAUGUGAAUGUCAUCUCUACUUUUCUUCUUUUCUUCCUGCUUCUCCCUAAGAUGCGAGAGUCCGGGACAAAGACUGGCAAUCCUUGCCGAUUCACCAUCCCCAACAGCGCCUUGCAUUACAUGGCUCCUCUUGGCGAGCUUCAGCCAGGAAAGGGGAGCAUUUUGGACCGCCUGAACAAUGAGAAGACCGCAAACAUGGAGGGCCGAUAUUCCCUCACUAAGCUCCUGGUACUUUACGUCGUCCGCGAAAUCGCAAAGAGAGCGCCCUCGUCCGGCGAAACAGGGCACUUCAUUAUCAACACACCCAACCCCAGCUUCUGCAAGUCGGACUUGGCUCGGGAGAAUGCAGACAGUGCUGGCUUCAAGGUGUUCGAGAGAGUUCUGGCUCGCUCUACAGAGGAAGGCAGCCGAGCUCUUCUCAACGGAGUGUUGGGUGGAACAGAGACUCAUGGUCACUAUCUGAACAAUUGCCAAGUGCAGCCGAGCCCAGCGUGCCACGUUACAGACAAGUUUGGGCAGCAGGUGCAAAAUACUUUCUUCGAGGAGCUCAUUGGCAAACUCGAAAGUAUCCAACCGGGUGUAUCCUUGACCCUUUGA